AUGCCGAAUAAUUCACAGUUGAAUAACAUUUUCUUGAUUGGGCUAUGCAACAGUGACGAUCUUAAGACUGAAUCUACUGAUUUCAACGAUAUUUGGCGACUUAUGUGUCAUGAAAUCAAGCAUUUGGAGACCGAAGGUAUCAAUGUCACAGAGACCAUAAAAUUGAAAGGAACAUUGGUAGUUACAUCUGGCGAUAACAUAGGAUUAAAUCAAUCGUUGGGAUUUGCGGAAAGUUUCUCGGCCAACUACUAUUGCAGAGUGUGUGAACUGCCGAAACGUAUAUGCCAAACGAUUUGUGAGGAAGAUCCGAGUUCGUUGAGCUGGAACACACUGAGUGACACUGAGAAUCAACCAAAUACACCAGAUCCAUGGGGACAAAUGACAAUAUACAAAAUAAAACGACGACGCUUGGGACAAAGACUUUUAACCAGCACCGAAGAGAAACAAUGUACCAUCGAUUUAGUAAAGGAAAAAACCACAUUUGGACGGAAUGGUGAUUGCAACAUUUCAGCUUACAUUGAACCAAUUAAAAUGUCUGAAGUGUCAAACAUCCAUUUUGCAAUCACGAAAAAAGAUGUAAACGAUCAAUAUUGUCCAGUAUUUGUGGAGGAUUUUUCGAAGAACGGAACAUUUUUCUGCCAACAAAAAAUCAACACCAACAAUGAAACAAACCAGGGCAUAACUUUCCAGCAAAUCGAUAAGAAUACUAAAAAACGAAUAAUUAGUCACAAAGUUUGUAUUUACAUCGAAAGACAUCAGCCAUCAAUUUACUUUGUAUAUCAUUCACUACAACAAGUAGUGAGUCCAUCAUUUUUGCCAAAAGAUAUACAUGCUGAAUAUCACAUUGGUCAUGAAUUGGGUCACGGUGCAUGCGGAAAGGUGUAUUUUGUACAAAAUCGUACAACGUGUUUGCCAUUUGCAUUGAAAUAUGCCUCAAACGAAAUAAACCAAAUCCCUAUGAAAUCCAUUCUCCAAGAGAUUGAGAUUUUAAAAAAAAUCAAACAUCCAUGCAUUUUGGAGCUAUACAGUGUCAACACCUAUGUAGAUUCGGUCGCAAUCUUUCUGCACUAUAUGGAUGGCGGUGAUUUAUUUAGUCGCAUUCAAAAGAACAAACCCUUUUCUGAAGAGCUGACAAAAUUUAUUUUCUAUCAAAUUUGUUGCGGCGUUGAAUAUUUACAUAAACAAAAUGUAACACAUCGCGAUCUUAAACCGGCAAAUAUCCUCUUGGCAACGCCAGACGAAUAUACAUUGAUUAAAAUAUCAGAUUUUGGUUUGAGUAAAUGUGUGACCAAUUUAAAUUCAAUUUUAAAAACACAAUGCGGAACACGUCAUUAUAUUGCGCCCGAGAUAAAAAACAAACAACGACCAUACACGAAUAAAGUCGACAUGUGGAGUCUUGGUGUCAUUUUAUAUAAUUGUUUUACCGGAGAAUAUCCAUUCGAUGAUGACGAUGAUAAUGAUGGUACAAGCAAUGAGGAAUUACGAUUUACCAAUGGACAACUAUGGAAUAAUGUUUCAGAUGAAGCAAAGAAUAUUCUUCGUGAAACAUUGAAGUUUAAAGCAGAUGAUCGUCCAGCUGUAAGCAUUCUCUUGAACGAACGCAAAUGGCUUUCGAAAGAAAAUGAUGCGAUCAUUAAAAAAGCCAUCGAAAUCGUAAAGAAUUCAAAUAAAACAAAAUCACCGCAAAAAAAACUUGAAACGGCUUACAGAAAUUAG